AUGGCGGAGGAAGAGGCUGUUGGCGCUCGCGGCCACCUCAUUGGUGAGUCGGACGUACUCGCAGCUGUUGCAAGUGAGUACCUGGACGAGCACGCGAGCAAGAAGGAAGCAACCGGAGCUACAGUCUGCCAAGGGCGCGUGUUCAUGACCACGUUCCGCUUCCAGUUCGUGCCAAACGAGCUCGACGUGGACCACGUGCGACGUCAUUUCCUGGACAGAAGUGACGACGAUAUUGAGAGUUUCUUUCUCAUCCCUCUGGGCUGCAUUGCUUCGAUCAAGAAGAAGAAUUUGAUUGUGGAGAUUGUCACGAAAGACCUGCGCCAAUUGUUGUUCCGAUUCGAUGCCGCAGAGGUCACCAAGAUCUUCUCCGUGCUGACGACGUAUGUGUUUCCGGAUAAAAUCGAGUUCUUGUUUGCUUUUUACCACAGAUUGUCCGAUAAUAUGUUGGAAGAAGAGCCCUUGCUGCCUUGCGCUCUGGACUGGGACGUCUAUGACGACCAAGCCGAGUGGAAGAGGCAGGGUGUGUGUGAAAGUGAAAAGUGGAGAAUAUCGCUUUGCAAUCAAGGCUUUGGUGCGAUUGAAACAUAUCCAGAACGUCUUGUCGUGCCAGUUGACGUGACGGACGAGGUACUUCUAGACGCCAUCAACUUUCGCUCGCUCGGUCGCAUCCCUUGUCUGACAUGGCUGAAUGGAGUAAAUGGAGCGUCUUUGUGUCGGUCAAGCCAGCCGAAAGUCGGAAUGUCAAAAGCCACGUCGCCCGCUGAUGAAAGUUUGGUUGCUGCAAUCGCGUCAUCAAGCCUACUGCAGGACCAAGUGCAAAUCAUUGAUUGCAGGCCCAUGUCAAGCGCACUGGCCAAUCGCGCAAAAGGAUAUGGCGUCGAGAGCUCUGUCAAUUACAAAAGUAGCUCUGUGAGCUUUAUGGAGAUCCCCAACAUCCAUUCUAUGCGAGAAAGCAUGAAAAAGCUGCGCACCCUGUGUGCGUCGCCAUCGUGUGACAAUAUGCGGUGGCUCGGGAGUAUUGAGGACACCAAGUGGCUGGUUUACAUACGCCAGCUUCUAAAAGCAGGCCUUCAUGUGACAUCACUACUUCGAGCGGGCGAAUCGGUCUUACUGCACUGCAGCCACGGCUGGGAUCGAACGAGCCAGAUUGCGUCGCUGGCCCAAAUCUUUGUGGACCCGUAUUUUCGAAGCUGGAAAGGGUUUCAGGUGCUGAUUGAGAAGGAAUGGCUGUCGUUUGGGCACCCUUUUCAUCUCCGCCAUUCACAGGGGGAGAAAGCCGAUACACAGGAGUCGCCGAUCUUUGUUCAAUUCCUAGACUGCGUUUCACAGCUUGUUCGAAUCUACCCGAGCUAUUUCGAGUUCAACGAAGGUCUGCUGCUUUUGGUAGCCGAUGCGCUGCAUUCGUGCCGUUUUGGGACGUUCUUGUUCGAUUGCAAGAAGCACCGUCAAGAUGUUGAUUUGGAAAACAGGACCGCGUCUGUGUGGACCUGGGUGAAUGGCUUCCGGUCACAGCUCACAGAGCAGACAUAUGUUCCGAAGAAGGUUCUCAGUCCACCUUUGGCUGGCUUGCUGAAACGAAUUGCACUCUGGGAUGCCAUGUUCAUGCACUGGUCAGGCCAGCCACUGCUGCAAGAGCCCCCAGUUUCUACAAAUUUCUUGACCGACAAUGCGCAACGCACACCAACGUGGCAACUGCCGCAACGCGUAGUCAAUGCCCUGAAUGUUGCACUUACUCUUAAAUAUCGCGAAGCUCGAUUGAUCCAGGAACUCGAAGAGCGCAUCGCUAGCUUAGAGGAAAAAAUAAAUGGUCACCGUGGCUCAAGGCACUAG